AUGUCCAAGGAGUUGAUCAACGCCCUUCCAAGAUGCGGUUACCGAACGGGGAGGGAGCGGUUCCAAAAGGCCAUCCACCGAGCCUCUCAGGAACUUACUGCACAGUCGAACAGAUCCGAUGACCAAACACACCAGCACAACAUUAUCACACAGCCAGGAACAAGAUCCAUUUCCCAGGAGCAAUGCGUUGAAGACGUUGAAGAUGUCCAGGCCGAGUCAACAAUGAUUGAGGGCAGAUACAUCGAAGCCGACAAUGAAUCAAUCUCCACAAAAUGGGAUUCCGCGGACGACAGUACUCUAUUCGAAGCAAUGGAAGAGGUUUCCCAGGAUACAGCUAACCGCUCGUUAUCCACAAAUAGCUCCACAGAUCCUCUCGCAUUUCAUCACAUGGGUGCUUGUUUCCCUAUGUCUAGCUACACCGAGACCAACUCCACAGGACACACUGAACAACAAUUUUACCGUGAGAAUCCUAUCGCUACCCCUCAGACUGCCACAUAUUCUACCUUCCCAUCAUACAACGUCCCGUUUGCUAGGAUUCCUUAUCAAACCACCUAUACAUUCCCAAUCACGACUAUACAUAGUCAACCAGCUACCACACUCGAAGACGAACCGGUCACAAAUCAAUUCCAGCUUUUGCAAUGGAUGCAUGAACAUUGUGUCGAGGAAAUGACUCUUGCCGAACGUAUGGUAAGGUACAACUAUGAUCUUUAG